UUCGAAGACGACUUCUGUCAGAGUGACAUCACCGUAGUGAAUGUUUCCACUCGGUUCCUCCAUGGACCCACCUCCGUUACGGCGGUUGCAAGCCUCGUGUGUUCCACUGUGUCGUGCUUGGAAGGGGGUGUCCACCCCCACCCCGAUUGAUCGACUAACCCGCCUAGUUUUGAUUAGGGUUUUUUUAACGCUUGAGACGCAACAUACGGUCGAUAAAAGAAGAAAGUUUUGAACAGUGAAGUGACCCCUUGUCGUAUAGUGAAUGGGUAGUGGGUAGUCGGUACCCUUUUAUAUUAGUUCAAUUAGGAGCCCGUGGACCCGGAUUGGGCCCUAAAUCAUAUCCCCCAACAUGAGUUGUGAGCGCAUUGUGAGGCCCGAGUUAGUGGGCAAGCGCUUCUUAUGUGUGGGUGGGCCUCCAGUGAGUUCUGGUUCGUCCUCCGAGUCGGAUACGCCCACUACGGGGCGGGAGGAGGAGGCUGAAGUGGAUCGGGCCACUUUAGCUGCUGAGCGGAAGCGAAUGAUCCGAAAUGGCAUGAGGGAGUGGCAUUGGCGAGCUGGGAUCAUUCGCGCAGCCUCUUGCCCCCAUGAUCGGGAUCAAAGUCUUCAGAUCUUAGUUGAAUAUGAGGACCAUCAUUGGGACAAACGGGAAUGGGUUCGCGUGUACAAGGAUAAUUUUCAUGUUUUCCUCAUCGAACACAACAUGGUUUUGGCUCAAAGACCGCCUGGUCCCCGAAACAUUCAUCCAGCUUUUACGUUUAAGACCCUGGUCGAUAAUGUGAACAUGGUCACCAAGUCCAGAAACCAACCUGUGGAAUUUCUGGUCGAUGGGAAACUCGAUUUUCAAGUUUAUGACAAGCUGAAGAUCAUUUGGGACUGGGAUGCUAGUAUUCCCAAUCUGUUUUUGGGUCAGAACAUCGAAGACAGGGUUCGUGAAUGGACUGACUUUCGAGAUACUCAACACCUGCUAAUCAGCUUGCCAGCGGCCUUGGUCGGAGCCCGCCUCAAGGUGUAUCGCGCCGAGGGAACCACCCAAUGGUUCGAUGCUAUCAUGCAAAAGUACAAAACCGAUACAACUGAAUUCGUGAUGAUUGAUGACUGUGUCUUACAAGAGCAUACGGAAGAUCCCCGACUUUUGCAAAUGGGUUUCCUUAAUCGCCAGGAUCUGGAAUCCUAUCAGAAAGGUCAAAGCCCGGGCUCGUCCAAUCGAAAAUCGAGAUCAUCAACCCAAAGAUUAAGCUUACAGUCCUUGCUGCCGUCUUCCAACCUGUCUGCCUCGAUGUUACGAAGCCCAUCUAGUUCAAGUAUCAGCACUCCGCACCCUUCCAAAAAACGUUCUAGUCGAAGUUCCACUACUCAGUCAAUGAUGUCUAGUCCACCCGAGUCACCUUCUCUAUUCCAAAACCAAGGGGAAGAGGAGGAGGAGGAUACGCCCCUAGCCUUUAAAAAGAAGCUCAAACCCAAACGACGACUACAAACUCCCACUGCCACGAACCCACCCAUCACGUCAUCGCCCAAGUCCAUGACCCCUCCCGCGACCACCAGUCAAGAGCGAGAUCAAAAUGAGCCCAAGAAGGUCAGAGGCCGUCCCAAGGGAGCUAAGAGCAAAGCCAAAGGACAAGAUAAGAAACCCGAUCCUCGAACCCGUUUACGAUCGCUCAGCAUCUCUGAAUCUGCAACCUCCGAAACUCCCGCUUCAUCGCUCGCCAGCCCUUCGGAAACAAAAUUCAAGGCUCCGACAUCAUCGGGUGCUGCUAGGAAGUCCAGUCAGCCUUCUACACCCGGCAAGAAAUCCGCUAAAACAUCGCCUGCCAGUCCGAGUAAGCGAUUAAGGCGGGCAGUAUCCGCUUCAGGGCCCUCCAAGGAUCAAAUCAAACCUGUCCACAUGAAUCAAGAUCAAUGCGAAACCGAAGCCAGUAGUUCCUCGGUUGAAGAUUCUGACACGAACAGUGAGUCAACGGGAAGUCAUGUCGAUGAUGAUUAUGGAAACAAAUCUGUGACCAGGGAUGACCUGCAAAAAUUGAGAUUGGCUAGACCCCUGACCAAGAAGAUCAAGCCGAAACUGAAUACCUCAAGCUCUUCCCCCGGUUCGUCCAAGAAUCGCGUUUCCCCUCGCUUCUCCGAUGACCAAGAGCAACAACCCGCUCCCUUGAGCAGCUCAAACAUCCUAGAGAGGACCCCCACGGAAGAAACCUCUCCUUUGGGCAAUCAAAAGCCAUUAGCCAUAGUGAGACCACAACGAAAAGAAGCUGCCACUGAAGAGGCGAGCCCAGCAACCUCAAGGUCCGAGACCGAACUUGGAGAGUCAGAGAAGAAGAGCUUCCGUGUGACUUUGUCACAAUCAUCAAAAGGGAAAGCCUUGGGCAAAGACAAGCGGGACAUUUCCUUGUACGAUUUCGACGACGAAGCGCCAGCCUCACCGGUGACAACCACCAGGUUUAACAAAGCUAAACCUGCAACUACCUCGCUUGGAGCCAAGGCCAGUGCACAUGGUUCUAAAUCCCAAUUGGCUUCUGGAAUUGCCAACGUCGUUCAGUCCUCUCCGUCAGGAAAGGUCAAGCGUCCUGUUUCAAGUGGUGGAACAACUGCCAAAGGUAGCUCCCUCAAGACAAGUAGAAGUCAAUCUUUAGGAUCAAAUCAUAGCUCAAAGAGUUGCAAGACUCCCACUUCCGCAUCUACCUCAAGUGCAAAAGCCAAGUCAAAGUCAGAGAGUAGGACUCGGACUUCCGACCUCCCCCCUGCCACUACAACCAGAAGUACCUCCAAGCAUCGGGAUGAGGACAAGAUGGACUGUGAUAUGGCUACGCCCUCCAAUGUCAUCUCCUCACUCGGAGUGUCUUCAAAGUGUUCCGGCACUCACCUGGAUCUAGAAUCAGACUCCGGGGUGAGUACGUUUCGCUCAGACGGGGCCAGGUCCUCGGGAGAUGAGCGGUCUGGAUCCCGAUCCAGUGCUUUGAGUGAUGAACAUCAGCAGAGGGCAUUGUCUAGACCAAGUGCUAAUACCACGCCCGCUGCCUCUGACGGCCACAUUACUCCAGGGAGUAGAGCCAGUUCCGCCUCCGGGUGGAGGGAUACCUCUCCACUGGAAUCCUCUUCAACCAGUGUCCGCAGUCACCUAAUAGGCCAAAGCGCAGCUGAACUUCUGGCUGCCGCGUCAGCCUCCGAAAACAGACCCAUCUCCUCCAUGGGAGACCAUCCAUCCUCAUCGAGAGGAGGGUCUCAUCCUCGAGCCUCCUCGUUGCCUCUUGGAGCUGGAAAUCUCAACCACUAUCUAAACUCUCACCAACAAUUACAGCAUAAUGCAGUUAUUGCUGCCUACCACUACCAACUCCAGCAGGCCCAGCAACAGUAUAUUGGGCAUCUGGCUCAGACGGACCCUGCUGCCGCCAUGACCCUCUAUGAACGGGAGAAAGAAAGGGAGCGAAAGGAAAAUGAACGUUUGCGACGUCAACAACAAGAGGAACAAGAACGCGUUGUUAAGGAGCAUCGGAUCCAAUUGGAACAGCAAGCUCGAGCUCAACAACAACAACAACAACAGCAACAACAACGAGAAGAACGGGAACGGCAAGAGCGGGAAAUUCGUGAUCAAAAAUUGGCUGCGGAAGCCGUGGAACAACACUUCGUGAAGAGCAUGGAAAUAGCGAAAAAGCUUACGCAACAACAACAACAGCAGCAACAACAACAACAUCACCAACAUCGCCAAGCCCACCACCAGCACCAACACCAGCACCACAAUCAUCAUCAUCAGCAACAACCACCCUCUCAAGUUGCUGCUCAUUUCAAGAACAGUAGCAAAAGUAGUAACAGUAGUGGCAGCAAUGGUGGUGCUGGUGUUGGUUCCGUGGGUGUUCCGCAAGGGGGAUCGCACGGUCCAGGAAUGAUUGAUCCCAGAUAUGGCGUCUAUCAACAUCAGAAAAUGAGUGGAAAUCCUCCUCCUCAAAGCCCGUGGAUGACUGGAUUGGGCAAACAAGGAGUGGCGAACGGUGCAUCGCCAUCAGCCGUGGCUUAUCAACAAGCCGAAGAGAGGAAGCGCAAGUUGGAGGAAUUCGAACGAAGACGUCAAGAGGAAUACAUUCGAGCUAUUCACGAACGGGCCGCUGCGGCGGCAGCUGCGGGUAGUAGUGCGACAGCCGCUCAAUUAGCUUCAAGUCACCCUGCAGAGCGUGGUCCUUCGAUUCAUCGGGGUUAUGGCAAGCCAGUGAAACAAGAAGUCUUGCCAGGACCUCCUCUGGGCAUGCACAGAGAGAUGGGUCAACAUCCUUCAUUGUCAUUGCAUUCCUCAUAUGCACACCAUGGGGCCGUCGCUCAAAUGAAGGGAUACCCUCCUCGUACUGCAGCGGGCCCUGUGGGUGGACCCUUGCCCGGUGGCUCCCAUUACAAACACCCCAUGGAGCACGGUCAUGGAUAUCCUGGAUUUCCACCCUCACAUAGUCCCGGGGGAAAUCACCCACCGCCGAGCGCCACCCAAGAAGCUCGAUCUAGUCCACAUCGAAACGUCAGUGCUCACCCAGGCUACAUUCCAAAGACUUCUCCAGCGCCAUAUCCAGUCGCUUUUUCAGCCCCACCGUCGCAUGCCAGAAAUGUGAUAAGCCCUGGACAAAACCACAGCAGCAAGAGCUCAUCUUCCGGUCGUCCACCUUCCAGACCCGAAUCAUUACCAGCUAAACCAACGGGCACUUUCCCACAACCACCUCUGCUUCGAAAUCAACCUUUGCACCAUCUGAAGGACGAGCCCUUGCGUAGCGUCAACUCAAAACCUCCCCCAGCUCAUGGUGGAUCUGCUAGAUCAAGCUUGCUAGUGACGACUCCACCGUCAGAUCAACCUUUAGACUUGGGAGCGCCCAAGAAGAGGUCUGGUUCCAGUGAAGCCUGCAACGAGUCUUCAGAAGACCUAUCAGUGCCGCCCAAGAAGGUUCAGAAGACGAUUCCAGCAAAAGCAGAGCCUGAGGAAUUGACGAACGGAUCGACAGCCCCCAUCCCAACCCCAACUCCAACCCCAACUCCAACUCCGACGCCUGUUCCUGAUUCGAACGGAGAUGAUUCCAAUAGCAGCUUUUCCAGAGAUUAUUACGUGCACAAGUUGAAAAAGGCCUGGAUUGCGGCGUACGAGGGCACGAACGAUGUGGCUCCAAGCUCGUCUGGUCCGCCCACGCCCCAACCCAGCACAGCACGGGCGACUCCGUCCCCUGCUCUCUCACAGGUUUCUUCCACGUCGUCAAAGCCCCAAAGAGGGCGGAAGGCCGUCAAAUCAGCCUCUGGUUUGCCUUUGGCCAACGGCCAUGCCUCCUCUCCAUCCAUGCCGAAAAAAUCUCGCGAGUCCUCGAGCUCAUCCGAAACUGACGACAAUAGUAAUUCCUCCGGUAAAGGAAGCCGACCAGGCACAAAGAUACCAUGGGGAAAGCAUGGUGGAUCCACCAAAUCUGAUGUGGCCAAAAAGGCGAACCAAAACGAGAGCUUCUCGGAGAGUGAGAAAGAUCUGAGCGAUGAAGGCAAAGAUUCGGACUCGACCACUGCCACCCAAUCGUCCCGGAAGUCGGUUAAAGCCACCGAGCCGGCCAAAAAGCGGGGACGGAAGCCCAAGAAUCGAGACGGGACGAGCCCAAGGCCAAGUUGCGAUCAAUCAACCCAUUUCAAAGGCCUUCCACUGCGACCCUGA